AUGAAGGGCUUCACCAAAGCUAUUCAGCGCACGCCGCACAACCUCGGCAGCCGCAUGGGCAUGUCCAAGAAGUCUUCGGAUCCCGAGUUUGAGGACUGGGAGCGCAAGUUCAGCGCGGUGGAGGCUGCGUCCGAGAAGAUGCACCGUGACUCGAUCGUGUUCCGGGACGGCGUGACGUCCCUUCUCGACUCUGGUUCGAGCUUUUCCGGUGCACUUGCGACGCUAUUCUCUCCCAUUGGCGCCGAGUACGAUAUUGGGUCCAAGUUUCCCCAGGCCGACGUGACGAUCAAGAACAUUGCGUCGUACCAAGGUCUCAUGGAUGAGCUUCGGGAAACUCUUGCGCCCGAGCUCGAGUUGAUCGAGUCGCGGAUCGUCCAGCCCAGCCUCGAGUUGAACAACAUUUGCAAAAAGAUCCGUAAGACGAUUGUCAAGCGCGAGCACAAGCUGCAGGACUUUGACCGUCACAACAACAGUCUCAACAAGCUGCGUGCCAAGAAGGAGAAGAGCCUUAGUGACGAAAAGAACCUCUUCAAGACCGAGGAGGCAUUUGACCUCGCAUCUGGCGAGUACGAGCACUUUAACAACCUGCUCAAGACCGAGAUGCCCGCCUUCCUCGCCAUGGCUACACGCUUCAUCGACCCUCUCUUCCACAGCUUUUACUACAUGCAGCUCAACGUCUACUACAUCAUGCUCGAGAAGCUCCAGUCCUUCUCGGACGGCAAGUAUGACCUCUCCCGCCGCGACAUCGAGGACCUCUACCUCGAGCAGCGUGGUGACGCCGCUGAGCAGAUGGACGACCUCCAGAUAACUAAGCGCAUCCAGAGCACCGCCAAAAUGCUCCAGCAGCACCGCAUCGUCAGCGGCACCUCGGCGCCUGGGCGCCCUGGGUCCAAGGCUGGGCUCGACCGCAAGACGUCGAGCGGCUCGUCGUAUUCGCGCACCAACGUCGCCGCGCCCCCUCCUUACUCUGCCGCGCCAGCCAGCUCCACGUCGUCGUUUGCCGCCGGCAAGAAGGCUCCGCCUCCUCCGCCAGCCCUCAAGCCAAAGCCUGGGACCCCGCCAAAGCAGUACUGCACGGCUAUCUUCGACUACGAAGCUCAGGCCGAGGGUGACUUGUCGUUCAGUGCGGGAGAUCGCAUCGAGAUUGUCGAGCGCACAAACUCUGCCGAAGACUGGUGGACUGGUAAGGUUAACGGCCGCCAGGGUAUCUUCCCCGGUAACUAUACUCAGGUCGACUAG